AUGUCUACUGCUGCUGGUGAACAGAAGGCCUCGCGCUACUACCCUGCAGAGGAGGAGGCGGUGAUGAAGAAGGCCCGCAAGACAGCCCACCCCACUAAAUACCGCGAGUCUCUCAAGCCCGGCACCAUCGUCAUCCUUCUUUCAGGUCGCUUCUCCGGCAAGCGCGUUGUCCUCCUGCGCCAGCUCUCGCAGGGUGUUCUCUUGAUCACCGGUCCCUUCAAGUCCAACGGUGUUCCUCUGCGCCGCGUUAACCACCGGAACGUAAUCGCGACCGGCGCCUCUGUAGAUGUCUCGAACCUCGACACUGAAGUCCUGGAUCGCGUGAGCAAGGACGAGUACUGGGCGCGCGAGAAGAAGGAUGGCAAGGGCGAGGAUGCAUUCUUCGAGCAGGGCGAGACCACACCCCAGAAGAAGGACGUCGAUCCUCAGCGCAUUGCGGACCAGAAGACCGUCGACAAGGCGUUGAUUGCGACGAUCAAGCAACAGCCUGAUCUGGAGUCAUACUUGAGCGCUAGCUUCAGCUUGAGGAGCGGCCAGCACCCGCACGAGAUGGUCUUCUAG